AUGAGUGACUUAUUAAAUGAUAAACGAUUUGCUCACAUUGCAAGGGACCCUAAAUUUAAAAGAAUCCCAAAAGCAGAGAGAAAAGUAAAAAUAGAUAAAAGAUUUAAAAGUAUGUUUAAUGAUAAAAAAUUUACAGUUCAAUAUACUAUAGAUAAACGAGGUAGACCUGUAAAUCAAACAUCAUCCGAAAAUCUUAGGAAAUAUUAUGAUUUAUCUAGUAGUGAAGAUGAAGAUGAGAAAGAACAUGAAAGACCUAAACAACAAAAGAAAAAUGAAUCUAAAGAUUAUAAGAAGAAAGAAAAUAAAGUUAAUACAGUUUCUAAGUUAAAUGAAAAUUGUCCUGAAGUUAAUGUAAAUAAAAAUGAAGAUACUAAUUCAUCGGAUAAUAAUUGUUUCUCAAGUAAUGGAGAAUUACUUAGAAUUAAACCGAAAGAAGAAUGUGAUAUAGAUUCUGAGGAACAGAGUAAUCUUGAAUCUGAUUCUGCAUCUGAUAUAGAUUAUACAACAUUAAACAAUUUGAAAGCAGAUUUAAAAGAAAGUAAAAAGCAAUUGAAUAUUAGAAAUAAAUAUGAAUCUGAGAAGUUUUCUGAUAAAGUUAAAAAAAAAUUAAAAGAUUUAAGUAUAAAUUAUGCCAGAGGUGAAGGAGUUUUGAUCACAGACAGUUCUUCUGAUGAAGAAAGUUCUGAGGCUUCUGAUGAAGAAGAGGUUGAACAUAAUUGGGGUGAAUUAGACAAAGAGGCUGAAACAACAAAUGAAAUUACACAUAGAUUAGCAGUUUGUAACAUGGACUGGGAUAGAUUACGUGCUGAAGAUUUAAUGGUUUUAUUUAAUUCAUUCUUACCACUUGGUGGUUUUAUUCAUUCAGUUACUAUUUAUCCAUCAGAAUUUGGUUUGCAACGUAUGAAAGAGGAAGAGAUUAAAGGUCCAAAGGAAUUAACAGAAAUUAAAGAAGAGGAAGAAAUUGAAGAUAAAAGUGAUAACGAAGAGGGGUCUUCAUAUCACAUGGAAAAAUUAAGACAGUAUCAAUUAAAUAGAUUAAAAUAUUAUUAUGCUGUUGUUGAUUUUGAUUCUGCUGAAACAGCAAAUAAAAUUUACAUAGAAUGUGAUGGUACAGAAUAUGAAUCUACAGCAACAAAAUUAGAUCUUAGAUUUAUACCGGAUGAUAUGGAAUUUGAUCAGACUCCAAAAGAGAUAUGCAGUAAACUACCAGAGCUUACAAAGUAUAAACCAAGGCAAUUCACAACCACUGCUUUACAACAAGUUAAAGUGCAGUUAACUUGGGAUGAGACAAACCCUGAAAGAAUGGAAAUUGCAGAAAAACUGAAUUCUGGGAAAUUAAAUGAAAUUAAUGAAAAUGAUUUACAAGCUUACUUAGCAAUUAAUUCAAGUGAUGAUGAAUCAGAGCAACAACAGGAACAGGAACUGCAGGAAGAUAAAAAUGAUUUGGAAAAGAAAGAACAUACCGAUCCAGUUGAAAAGUAUAAAGCUCUGUUGAAAGAAAUAGAAGAAAAAGAAGAAUCAAAACAAAAGAAGGAUGUUGAAUUAGAAUUUACUUGGGGUUUAGGCACAAAAGAAAAAGCUGAAAAAUUAGUACAAGAAAGAUUAAAGAAAGAUCAAAAUCUUACGCCAUUUGAACAAUACUUAGAAAAACGGAAAGAGAAAAAGAAAGCUAAACGAGAGGAGCGAAAAAAACAUAAAGAUACAGUUAAUUCUGAUGACUCAGAUAUACUUGAUUCAGAUAAAAAUGCAAAUAAUAGAACAUCUCAUAAAAAGAUAAACAUUGCAGAAAAUAAUAAUCUUGCUUCAUCAAGCGAUGACGAUGAAGAACGACGUAAAGCUGAAUUAGAACUUUUGUUAAUGGAUGAAAAUCAAGAUGGUAAACAGCAUUUCAAUAUGAAAAAGAUAGAGGAAUAUGCUACAAUGACAAAAUCUAAACAAAGACGAAUAAAUAAAAAGAAAAAUGCGCAAGAACGAAUAGAGGAGGAUAACUUUGAAGUAAAUGUACAAGAUUCAAGAUUUAAUGCGUUAUUCACAUCGCAUCAUUUUAAUAUUGAUCCAGCGGAUCCACAUUAUAGGAAAACUAAAGGUACUGAAGCUUUAAUUAAAGAAAAAUUGAAAAGAAGAGCUGAUAACGAACUUAAUGAAGAAAUACCUGCUAAAGAAUCCAAAAUGAAAUCUAAUGCAGAAUUACAGAAAUUAAUUAAAUCAGUGAAGAAAAAUACUAAAAAUAUUACUAAACCAAUAAAAUAA